UAGCUAGGCUAGCUAUACGUAGUAUCUUAGCCUCUUGUCCUGUUCGAGUUCCAUGGACAAUUUGGAACUCAAGGGCAUCCAGUACUCUUGUCGUUACUCCAUUUUCUUUCCUUAAAAUAUACACGAGAAUGAGAAUUCUUUUCUUUAUUCUUGAAUAGGCUCUCGGUCCUGAUUGUGCUCUAUUUAAUUGAAACCAACUUACAUCCUCCUCGAUCUAUCCGGCUCUCACUAAUAUUCAUAACCCUAUAUUGUUUCAGGCAUGAAAGUCAUGCCUUCCAAUGCUGUGAAUUCAUAUCUUGAAGAUGGGUCGUCCAGCUACGAUAAAGCUAAGGAAGUGAGGGCAUUCAAUGAAACGAAAGCCGGUGUUAAGGGACUAGUUGACUCUGGUGUGACCAAGAUCCCCAGGUUUUUUGUCCACCCACCAGAGAGCGUGCAAAACCCGUCAUCCGAGACGAGCAGUGAUAUCGGCCUUCAGAUUCCUGUGGUAGACUUUGAAGGGUUCGGAGGUUGUCGACGACAGGAGGUUGUCGACGAGGCUAGGAAAGCAUUAGAAACAUGGGGUUUUCUCCAAAUGGUUAAUCAUGGAAUUCCAGUUAGUGUCUUGGAUGAGAUGUUAGCCGGUGUGAAACGGUUCCACGAGCAACCACAGGAUAAGAAGAUGGAGUUUUACACGCAUGACUAUAAGAAGCCAGUGAGGUUCUUCUCCAAUGGAGAUCUCCUUGUGAAUAGAGGGCCAGCUUGCUGGAGAGACACGGUAGCAUUUGAUUUCAAAGAUAGUAAACUGGAUCCUGAACUGUUUCCUGAUAUAGUCAGAAAUGAAGUGCGUAAUUACAUCACACAGAUGAUCAAAAUGAAGAAGACAAUGUGUGAGCUUAUAUCGGAGGCACUUGGACUUCAUAGUGACUACCUUUCCAGCAUAGAAUGCAUGGAAACAGAGAUUUUAUUGGGUCACUAUUACCCGACUUGUCCUGAACCAGACUUGACGGUGGGCGCAACCAUGCAUACUGACCCAUGUUUUCUGACUCUACUCCUACAAGACAACAUGGGUGGUCUCCAAGUUCGCAAUCAAAAUCAAUGGGUAGAUGUCCCCACCCUGCAAGGAGCUCUUGUAGUUAACUUGGGGGACUUCAUGCAGCUGAUCACCAAUGACAGGUUCAAAAGUGUGGAGCACAGAGUUCUUGUUGGACAAGUUGGAUCCCGGACAUCAGUUGCAUGUCUUUUCUAUCCAGGCACUGCAAAUUAUAAUUCGAAACCAUACGGGGCAAUCAAGGAGCUUCUAUCAGACAACAACCCACCAAGAUAUAGGGAAACUAAUAUGGCUGAAUAUAUGGCUUACGUAAGGUCCAGGGCUUUAGAUUGCAGCUCAAAUCUUUCUCAUUUUAAACUGCCAUGAGACUCCCCAUGUCCAUGCUUGGUGCAAAUUCUCAACUUCUAUCCACUGCAGUGACUGGUUGAGAAUUUAAUGCAUCUUGUCUGUAGUGAACAUGUCAACCCUUUCUUUGAAGCUAUGAUAUCAUCGUCAUCAUGUCUUUCUUCAAUGCAUACUCUUUAUACUAU